UGCAAAAAUCUCUUGGAAUGUAAGUUCCCUGCACAAACAUCUUUCAGCAGCACACGCUUAACGCUCACAGAGAAAACACAGAGACUUCUCAUGGAGGCAAUGCUAACUGUACGACUGGGACUUUUCCUUUUUCAGGCACUCUCGUGUGGGUUUGCGGAAGAGUCUGCAGGACUAAAGAGAGCAAAGAGAGGUUGGGUUAUUCCACCUUUCAAUGAACCGGAGAACAGCAGAGGUCCUUUCCCAAGAACGCUUUCUAAGAUCAAGUCAGAUUUUGCCUCAGAAACUACGAUGACGUACAGUAUCACAGGUGAAGGAGCAGAUCUGCCACCAAAGGGCCUUUUCAUAUGUGACAAAUUCACAGGGACUAUUUCAGUGACGCAGCCGCUCGACAGAGAGACUAAAGCCUCCUAUAAUCUCACAGCUUAUGCUAUUGGAGAAGGAGGCAUAAAAGAGAAGCCAAUGGAAAUCAUCAUCUAUGUGAUUGACCAGAAUGACAAUAAACCUGUGUUUACUGAAAAUCCUUUCAAUGGACAGGUUCCUGACGCCGCUUCAAAGGAUUAUGAGUUUAUGACGGUCACAGCCACUGAUGCAGAUGAUCCAAAUACUGAUAACGGUGAUGUCAGAUACAAAAUUAUCAGCCAAGAUCCUCCGUUACCAAGUCCAGAUAUGUUUGAUAUCAACACCAUAACUGGAGGGAUUCGUGUCAUUGGUACAGGACUGGAUAGAGAGAAAUUCUUCAUUUAUUCUUUACUAAUUCAGGCUGCAUAUAUGAGAGGAGAGGGUUUGACAUCGACGGGCACGGCUGUUAUUACUGUCACCGACAGCAAUGAUAACGCACCUCAGUUUGAGCAAACCACGCACGAAGCAUCUGUCCCAGAGAAUCAAGUUGGUGCCGUAGUGGCCAAGCUCACAGUUACUGAUGGAGAUGAACCCGGAUCACCCGCCUGGUCAACAAAAUAUAAGAUUAUAAGUGGUGAUAAAGGAGGAUUUUUCAAUGUCAGUACUGGACCCAGUCAGCUCGAGGGAAUCAUCACCACUGUGAAGCCACUGGAUUAUGAAAAGACCAAGCAGUACAUUCUGUCUGUGAUUGUUGAGAACGAGGAUCCGUUUGUCGGCUCUUUGCCCACAUCCACUGCCACAGUCACCGUCAAUGUGGAGGAUGUGAAUGAACCUCCAGAAUUCAAACCAAAAGAGAACGUCAUUUACAAACCUGAAGAUCUGGCUGUUGAUUCUGAAUUGAUUACUUAUACAGCCGUCGAUCCAGACACUGCCAGAUCACAGAAGUUAACGUAUAGAAUCGGCUAUGAUCCCGCCGGCUGGUUUAAUAUUGUCAAAGAAACCGGAGUGAUCAAAGUCAAGAAGCAAAUGGACAGAGAAUCCGGCAUGGUCAUAGAUGGCAAAUACAAAGCUCUCUUUCUGGCUGUUGAUGAUGAUGAAAAAGCACCAGCGACUGGCACAGGAACUCUGAUCAUCCAUCUGGAGGAUGUGAAUGACAACCCUCCCUCGAUUACUGAAAGAGAAAUAAAGAUGUGUAAUAGUGAAGCGCUUCCUGCUAUCCUCUCCAUCACGGAUAAAGACGGACCGCCUCACGCCGGUCCAUUUCGUGUCGACACUCAUGGAGAAACCCAGAAAAACUGGACUGCCAGGAUGAAUGAAGAAUCAACCAAAAUAGAGCUGAUGCUCAGGAACACACUGGAGCCCGGCAUCUACAAUGUCAUCCUGAGAGUUUUCGAUCAGGGCGACAGGUAUCAAGACAACACGAUUAAGGCCACAGUGUGUGACUGCAAGGGAGAAGAUUUUCGAUGCACUGAGAGGCUGGCAGCAGGGUUACCGCUGUCUGGAGUUCUCAGAAUCCUCGGUGGCAUCUUGGUUCUGCUUUCGCUCAUCCUGCUCAUCGUGUUCGUGAAUAGGAAAAGCCGCUAACUCUAUUGAAGCGACUGUGUGUGACUGCAAGGCAAACAACGUCGUAUGCAGCAAAUUCUGUUUAUUUUAUCAUUGUCUUUUGAAUUUAGCAUUUUCUGAUCAUUAAUCAUGCUUCUGAUGAUAAUCAUUCAAUUAGAUGUUGCACACUGUAAAAAAAUCUCUUUUCUGGCAGCUGGGGCGCCAGAAAUAAACCGUAAAAUAUUUUUUCCUGUAAAAUUACUGUUUUCCCCAUUUUUGUUGUAAAUUUGCAGUGUUUUUCUGUAAUUACUUGUGUGUGGUGUGUGUGUGAAAACAGUAAAAUGACUGAUUACAGUUUUUACAAUAGAUGUGGAAAAUCUGUAAACGAAAAUGGAUUUGAUUUAAGCCCGGCACCAAACAUGCUCAUAAUCACGAUCACUAUUGAAACUUUGUUGUUAUUUGAUGGUGGUUUGUUAGGUUCUUAAUUAAAAACUGUAGAGGCACAUAUUUCAUUUUCAGAGUUUGUAGCAUUGAAGAUGUAGGCCUAUGUAUUCCAUAACUCUCUAUUCUCUGUAAGGAAGUUUUGACCUCUUCACACAUUAUUGUUUGCUGUAUUUUUGAAAAGAACUUGAAACUGGUUUUGCAUUACACUUGUAACACUUCUAGAACAUUGCUAAUAAAAAGAAAUACAAAAAGUGUAAAG